AUGUCUUAUAGAAACCCCAAUGUGGAGAAUCCUCAAGACCAAGUGUAUCCUCCAAGGUAUCCACAACAACAAAGACCUCCUUACCAAUCUCAAGGAAGUCAAUUUCAGCCAAGGCAAGGAUAUGAGCAGAGAUCAUCAUAUCCGCCCAAGGAGCCAUAUGCUUCUUCACCAAAUCAAGCUCCUCCAAACCAACAAGGUGGGAGAUUUGAAGGAAUCCUCCAACAGAUCAUGGAUGGCCAGAAGAGAAACACUAAAGAGAUGUAUGAGAAGAUGGACACUUUGUUCAGCAAUCUCAACACCAAGUAUGAUGCUGUUGCCACUCAUGUGAAGAAACUAGAGACUCAAGUCACUCAAACUAUGGAAGCUGUUAAGAGACAGGAAGCUGAAUCCAAGAAGUCCUUUUGCAACUCAGCCGCCAUAGAAGAAAGAUUUGAAGACCAAGUUCCAGAAUGGAUGCUUUCAAAACCUACUGUUGAUUGCAUGAUUUGGCCUGAAGAGAAUUACCCAGAGAGAGAGUCCAAUCGAGCUAGAAAGAGAAGACUCUUCCCAAAGAUUAUCCCCAAGACAGAUAACUCAGGAAAGUUUGUGUGCCUUGUAUCAUCAAAG